CGUUACUCGUAUGAGGGGCGGGGCUUCUGGUUAAGAGCGCAGCGCGCGGCGCCAGCAUUUCAGUUCUAGCGGCUUGAGGAGUUGCGCGAGGAAGUUUUAACUUCUUUGUUUUUAAUCUUUAACAAACAAGCAUCAUGAUCAUCGUCAUUGAGAACCAGGAAGGCUUUAAUAAAGCUCUGGCUGAUGCAGGAGGCAAACUUGUUGUGGUGGACUUCACAGCCACAUGGUGCGGGCCUUGCCAGGGCAUCGCUCCCUUCUACAAACAACUAUCUGAAUCGGCAGAUAAUGCCAACGUGGUCUUCCUCAAGGUAGAUGUGGAUGAUGCACAGGAUGUGGCACAGUCCUGUGAGAUCAGAUGCAUGCCGACAUUCUACUUUUACAAGCAUGGAAAGAAGAUCGAGGAGUUCUCUGGGGCCAACCAGACGAAACUGGAGGAGCUGGUGAAAUCCCUCAAGUGAAGCCUGAAUAUCACUAUAAAUAAACUUGACUGAAAUACUCAACAGCCGAUCCCAUAGACUUUUCUAUCAAGCACUCAUUGCAUUGCGUAAUGAACUUUUCAUUCCCUGACAGAUGAGUUGUAGAAAUAGUAUUUUCUAACAGAUAUGCCUUAUUCAAUUCAUUGUUCAUUGUUUAAACUUUUUUUUUAAACCAUGUAUCUUGAAACAGCUCAUUAAAAUCAGGUUUAAUAAACACAGAUCUACAGAAUACAAAAACUA